AUGAUUAUCAAGUCGUUCAUUGGCGGUGCUGACUUGGAGUUGAUAGGCGACUACAAGCCUCCUGGCUGCGACUUCAACCGCGUCAUUGUAAACUUUACUGCCACCUCUGCAGGGCGCCAACUGGAUCGGCUGGCUUUGUUAUAUUUCGGUGACACGGAGGUAUGGAGAACAUCCACUGCGGAGCCCAGAGCGCCGCCCGGAAUCAUCUGGACCUAUUGGAAAGACAUGACCCCGUAUCUUAGUCUCUGGAAGACUCCUCAGAAGAUCAUUUUCGACUUGCCCAACCUCAUCGACGACAGGUUUACGGGGCCCUUCAACUGCACCCUGACCGCAACCUUUUUCAAAAGCGACGUCGAAACCGACAGUGCACCCCCGGCUGACCUCAUCAUCCCCAUCUCAUCACGGAACGCGUCCUCCAACACAGGCAGUGCCUGGCAAGUGCCUGAACGUGAAGCCGUGAGCACUGUCAAAUUUCCACGCAAUGCCAAUCGAGCAGUCUUCUCCGUCUCGGCCAAUGGCCAAGGAACCGAGGAAUUUUGGUGGAGCAAUGUACUUCAGAGCGAUGCUGCAGCUUUCAAUGCCACCGUCGGUAUGGCUCCGGAUGGUAGCCCGUGGCGUGAGGUGCAAGUCAUCAUUGAUGACCAGCUAGCCGGUGUUCAAUGGCCGUUCCCUGUUAUUUUCACUGGAGGCGUGGUUCCCAGUUUCCAUCGCCCGCUUGUGGGCCUUGAUGCCUACGAUUUACGGGAACACGAGAUCGACAUCUCGCCAUGGCUCCCGGUUCUGAGUGAUGGCAAGGAGCACACAUUCAAGAUCAAAAUCGCCGGCCUCGCGGAUGACGGACAAAAAACGAUUGUGAAUACGACGGUUGGCAACUUCUGGGUCGUGUCUGGCAAAGUUUUCCUAUGGCUGGACGAAGAGGGCUCCAUUACGACCGGGAAACCGCCCACCGUAUCAAUCUCGGACCCUGAUAUCAAAAUCACUGGUCGGGCCCUAGGAAAGAACUCUACAGGCGCCAACGAAACUCUUGCAUUCAAUCUGGAUGUGACGAGGAUGAUCUCUGUCAAAGGCGAAGUAGUCUCCAAGAAAGGGACCAAAAAUCCUGAAUGGACUCAAAAGCUAUCGUAUACCAACAAUGCGACGCUAGGCCAAUUUGGUCGCAAUGGCUUCAAUAACUUCAUCAUCACCGGGACAGACGAACUGACGGGGAUGGGCACAUACAAGUCAACAUAUUCGUACCCGCUGAUCGUCAAUCAAACUGCCAACAUGUCAGCAAAUGGUGAUCUGAGCCUGGACGCAACACUAUUCCAAGAAUUGAGGUUGGAAGUCGAAGGUGUCGGUGUUUACCCGACCGGGCUUGAGGCUUACAAUAACCCAACCCGCAACAGGCAGGGACAAAGCAGCCAGUACAAGACUUCCAAACUCUCAACGUUCCGGAACGGAACGGCAGUCUUCAACAUGCCGGCAGAUAUGAAGAGCAGCUCAGCAUUUGGCACUACUCGGCAGGUGUUCCGGUUCAGCGGCGGCCGAGACGGUGCACGUGACGUGGAGCUAUACACAAGGAGAGUGAGAGCAAGCAACAACACGGUGCUCUCUGACGAAGAGAAGUCCGCCGAUGGGCGUGAGAAGGUUUUGACCGCCUCAAACCCUUUAGGAGAAGCCAAUUAA